AUGGCGGACAAAAGUGAGCAAUCAUCGAGCAGCAAUUCCCGUAAGAGAAAACGAAAUCCUGAAGAAUGGAAGAAAAACAAACGGAGUCGUCGUAACAGAGGUAAGGAAUAUGAAACAGUAUCAAAGUCAGGCGAGAAACGUACAUUUGCAGCAAAACAACUGGUUCACAAGGAUGUGCAGAUUUUAGCACUAGAGGAUAUCCAGAAGUUAAAAGCAAAGGAUUUGAAAGAGAUUUUGCAUUCAAAUUCGGAAACGACGGGCGGUACGAAAGUGGACUUGGUGUUAAAAGUCUACGCAAUACUCAUGCAAAACGUAUUACCACCGGCCGCGAAUCAACAGCAAAAUGCCAAUAAUAGUGCUCAGAAUGACCAGGAUUCUAGAGGUGACUUCGAAAAUUACUCUCGUCAAUAUCACAUAAACGACAACGGAAUGUCUACUUGGGUAUGCAAAAAGGCUUUCUUGGCCAUUUAUGCUAUAUCUAAUGGCAGGCUUUCUCGUGCUGUAUCGAAAAUGCAAAGUGUGGGAUCUCCACAAACAGAUCAAAGGGGUAGACAUCAGCCUAAAAACAAAACCCCUGAAGAGGAUGUGCAGUUUGUGCGAGUUGACAUUCAGAGCUUCCCAACUGAGUCAAGUCAUUAUUGUCGUAAAGAUAAUCCCAACCGAAGAUAUCUUUCAUCAGAUCUCACCAUAAAGAAAAUGUAUGAUUUGUACAUGGAGAAAUGCAAAUCAGAAUCACGAACCCCAGUGAAGGAAAAUGUCUACCGUGAAAUAUUUAACACAAAAUUCAAUCUAUCAUUUGGAAGCCCCAAGAGUGAUACCUGUAACAGGUGUGACUUAUUACAGACAAGCCUAAAAACUGAAACUGAUGAGCAAAAGCAUAGGGAACUGACUGUUCAGCUUGAUUUACACCAGUGUAAAGCUGAAUCCGGGUACAACAACCUGAAAUCAGACCAAGAACUUGCAACAUAA